CUCUUCCAUUCGGCGCUAGCCAGGGCUUGACAGCGUAGGGAGGAGGGAGGCAUACGUAAGCUCUUCUCCCAAAGCUCGUUGUAGGUACACUGGUACUGUGUGGUAUAGAGAGCACAGUGCAAGCACCUCAGGCAAAACGUUCAUCCACCUGGUGUGCGGCUAGUGAUGGAGCACUAGUCCAUCAUGCAUGCGAAUACCAGUUGCACUUGCCUUGUUGGGACUUUACUGUACUGGUCGUCUGCCCAUGACACAAGAGUCACCCUGGCCGUGGCGUAGCGUGGUGUGGCGCGCCCGAGAAUUGUGCGGACAGGUCGCCAGAUGCGCCCGAGAGUUCUGCGAUGAUCUGCGCAAAGGGACUCAUUCCAUACUUUUGGCAGGAUCCAACAGCAUGGCAUGGUGGGUCGGAGGACGAUCGCCGCGUGGCGCCUUCCGAGAACGUGGAUCGAUCUGUGGAAUCAUCGUGGAAGCCAUCAAUCUCCUUCCAUUUUUCCUUCCUUUUCUUGGCGUGGUUGAGAUGCAGGUGGGAAAUGAUGUAAGUGACGGGCAGCCUUACGAGGUAUUACCAUGGCAAUCAUGCCGGCGCCGCCAUGCAGCGUCAUGGGCGAGGGCGGUGGGAGUCCAGACUGCAGCCAAGGCGUCAAGGAUGAAAUUUUUCCUCGUUUCAUCAGCAGUACCACAGGAGGAAUGUGCAAAGAUGAGCAGGUUGCUGACUCGAGGCAGCGCAUGGUCCGCACCGCUCCCUGAUGCUCAUCUCCUCGGGCAUGUGUCGCCCGAGAUGCAGAUGUUUCUUACAGUCCUCAUAUCAACGCUGAUCAGAGGCAGAUCUGCCGGCUGCCGAGUGCAUGGUUGGAUGGCGCAAUACUGUGAUUUUUUGCUCAGGGCGCGAGCUAUUAUUACCGGACGUUUGACGUCAGCAAAUCAGGCAAGCGCAAGGCGGCCCCGAGCUGCCGACAGGCCGAAGUGCUUCGCACCUGCCGCCUUCGGGGCUUCGGCGUGAAUGAAACCUUAAAAACAGUGAAGGACCGCGCACCACGACACCACUGCUCACCCUGCCACCCGUCGAGCAUGGCCUUGCUGUCGCGCGGCAGCCGACUGUGGCUUGACACGGUCGACGCAGAGUCCAGGCGCGCAGUUUGUGUGGCGCUUCCGCACCGCCGUGGCUUGGCGCGAGCCUCGCAGAGGACUGGCAGCGUCGACUUCUUGGUGUUCGGGCGGAGAGGGUCGCAGUCACGGAGUUGAGGAGAUUAGAUAUGCCUCUGCGAAAAGUUGGCGACACACGCCAUUGAACCCUCCAUCGUAAUACGCACCCAAUGCCAUCCCCCUCCUCUCCCCGUCCGCGUCACCCUCGUCCCUCUGCUGGCAAAUGAAAUGGCCGAGCAGUCGCAGGGCCGCGGCAACCUGACCGUCCCCUCGCCGUUUGUGCAAGUCUGCGACCGUUGUCGGUGGAAGUAAGG